AUGAGUGCUGAUGACGGACAGAUAUAUUGUAACAGUACCUGGAACACUUUGAGUUGCUGGCCCACUACGCUGGCAGGAACGCUAGCCGUGAUACAAUGCCCACCUAAACUAGGCGACUAUCCGCUGGACGCCACGAAGAACGCCACGCGGUACUGUCACGUGAACGGUACGUGGGCGGAGAAGGCAGAGUACGCUGCCUGCGUACCAGAGCUUCCCACGCCGGACCCGGAGGAUAUAGAACACAACUUCCCUGUCCGGCUUGUCUACUACUCUGGGUAUGGUCUGUCCAGCCUGGCACUCCUGGUAGCCCUCACCAUAUUUGUCUACUUCAGGAGUUUAAGAUGCUUACGAAAUACAAUCCACUGUCAUCUCAUGGUGUCCUUCCUGGUGCGGAAUAUAAGCUGGAUGCUGGUCAUGAACCUUUUGUUGCCUAAGAUCCACCUGGAAGAGGAGACACAGUGGCUGUGCAAGGCCAUACUGGUGGUCUGGCAUUAUGUGCAUUCCACGAAUUACUUCUGGAUGUUUGUAGAGGGUUUGUACCUACAUCUUAUGGUGGUGUGGGCCUUCUCUGCCGACAAGGUCAAGCUGUGGGUUUACCUGCUUAUUGGUUGGGGAGCCCCUGCACCUACGUCCAUCGCAUGGGCUUUAACAAAACACCAUUUACAAAGUGACGAGAACUGCUGGGGUGCAGAGAAUUAUAACAGUCAACCCGAAGAUUAUAUUGUGACGGGACCCAUAUUAUUCGUCUUAGGGGUCAAUCUCAUAUUCCUGGGAACAAUAGUGUGGGUGCUGAUAACCAAGCUACGGGCGUCAAAUAGCUUAGAAACCAGGCAUUCCAGGAAGGCCGUCAAGGCCACUCUGAUUUUAAUGCCGCUAGUCGGCGCCACGUAUAUGCUGUUCCUGUACCCACCGAGCAAUGAUCCUAUCACAACCAAAGUGUUUAGGUAUACCAAUGCCUUCUUGCAGUCCACACAGGGAUUCUUCGUCGCUUUGUUUUACUGUUUCUUUAACGGGGAGGUUCAGAAUGCUUUGAAACGAAAGUUCUCAAGAUGGCAAGACGACAGAAAUAUAAUCAACUCUACGCGGUGGACACGAACAUCAAUGGACAAAGGCGAAGCAAGGACGAGUCUCUGUGUGAACAACGACCAGCUGCUGCCUCUAAAUGAAAAACGAAAGCAAACUGAACUGAGACACAGCACAGCCCCAGAUCGAGACCGCAAUGGAAACAAAGCGAAUGGUCACGUGACCGUUACCGUGGAAAUGGAUAUCGAAAGCUCCAAACCUUUGAUUGGUGGUUCUGAGACUGUCGCUAAUCUUUGAGCUACUACCUGAUAUUGUGUAACGCUGGUUCUGCAGAACAAAACGUUGAUCGGUUCACUAGGUACAGACGGUAACAGACAUUAGAUCUACCGCCAAGUACAAAUUACUGAUUCUGCACCAAAUGGUAGAGGACAAGCCUUUGGCGGGAAAAUGGUCAUCAAGAAGUAACUGCUACAAAUAUUUGAUUCGCCGCCAGAAAUUUUGCUACAUUAUUCAAAAUGAUGUACAAUAAGAAACGCUACUGACUGUGGUUUAGUCUUCGGGUGUGUGCAGCUGCACAUAAUCGAAAUGCGCGGUUCAGUACAAAAACACGCCUAUUACACAAGUCUCAGGAUGUUUACAUGGUUGCCACUAUUUCAAUACUCGGAGUGCAUGGUUCUGUUGUUUAACAUGUUAUGAACAGAUACAACGACGGGACUAAAGGCAAAAAUAGCGUAUAUUAGGCUACGCAAAAACGCUAAGCUUUGACAACCUGUUGUUUUUACGAAUUUAAGGUACAUAUAGUACAUUUCAAGGCUACUUAAUGUUUUUGAAAAUCAGUUUUUCUUGAUGUGAAAAGUACGUUUUGUUAUACGCUGGAAUUCGAAAAUGUGCAGACUGGACCAUAUAGUACCGGAGUUAGUGUUGUGAGUUUUGCUUUAAAUGGUUAUGAUAUUCUAUUGAUAGACAAGAAAAGAAAAGUGAAACUUUGCCUUUUUGUUUUAUCCACCAACGUUGCCGUUGACCGGAGAGAUUUGAUUACAGACAGAAAAGUCAACAUCAUUAGCAAAGUUAUUAAGUCUGCGACAAGCUUACAACUCUCUCUUAGUUGAAAAAAAUAUAUAGAACAUGGACGACCGUGAUGGCCACAAGGCACGUAUAGAAGCCAUAUUGCUUUACAUAAUUUUUAAUAUUUUUUCCCACUAUGUUCAACAGAGAUGUUUAUUUAAACAUUUGAGGUAUUGUCUAGGUUCACAAUCAAAUCCGUUUCCUAGAACAAAUUUGAUUCAACAAGUGGACCUGUUCCCAAAGAACUGUAAGAAAUUAAAGAUUUUGGAAUAGGACAAAUAAUAGUCCAGUGUCAUACGUGUUAUUAAGGAGAGCGUCAGUUUGUAAAUACCGGGGGAUAGUGGCCGAAUGUAGCCGAGAUGUAAUGUUAAAUGUUCUUGUAGUAAAAUAAAAUCUGUUCGUUAUUUAUAACACA